AUGUCCCAGUUAGACGUGUUGAUCGUCGGAGCGGGACCAACGGGCCUCGUCCUCGCCCUUUGGCUCCAGAAACAAGGCGUCAAUGUUCGCAUCAUCGACAAAGCAAGCGGACCAGCGACAAACUCCCGUGCACUCGUCGUCCAUGCACGUAUCCUCGAGCUGUACCGCCAGAUCGACUUGGCCGACGAGCUACUCAGCCAUGGCUACAAGCUCCCAGCAACCAAUGUCUGGGUCGAUGGCCAUCAACGUGCUCACAUUCCCCUCCGCGAAUUCGGCAUCGAGAUGACACCAUACCCUUUUAUUCUGAGCAUCCCACAAGACGAGCACGAGCGAAUACUCGAGCGACGAUUAAACUCCCACGGUAUCUUCGUUGAGCGACGCACAAGCCUCAAGAACUUCGUGAAUGGUGAAUUAGGGGUGGUCGCGACGCUGGUGAAUGAAGACACCGGGAUUGAAUCGACCUGCGAAAGCGCAUACAUCGUCGGCUGCGACGGAGCACAUUCAGUCGUUCGACACGGGAUCGGCGCCAAAUACGAGGGCGACACCUACGUCCCGCUAUUCUACAUCGCCGAUCUCGAAGCGGAAGAACAAGAAAGUCCUUUCUUCAACGGCGAGGCACACCUAACCUUCGUCGACGACACAUUCAACCUCAUCGUCCCAUAUGCUCAAGAACGACGCAUCCGCCUAAUCGGCACUACAAUCCCGCGAACCAACGAACCCGAAGCCGACCAGUCAGACCAUCCAGAAAUCACCUUCGAAGACGUCCUCCCGGACAUCAAGAAAGCGUCGAAACUAGAGAUAAAACAAGUCAACUGGUUCUCCACAUACCGCAGCCACCACCGCAUCGCCGAAAAAUUCCGCAGCAAUCGUGCAUUUCUGGUCGGCGAUGCCGCUCAUAUUCAUAGCCCCGUCGGCGGGCAGGGUAUGAACACCGGAAUCAUGGACGCCAUUAAUCUGGCCUGGAAACUCGCGACGGUAGUCAAGCAGCCGUCCAUAGGGGAGGGUGCGAGGAAUCAGCUCCUAGACUCGUAUGAGUCUGAACGCCGCUCGUUCGCGCUUAGCGUUGUCGGUGCGACUGAUCAUGGUUUCAAGACUAUCACUACACCCGGUUUCUUGCCGCAUAUUCUUCGUGCUUGGAUCAUCCCGUACAUUGUUCCUCUCGUCACCAAGAUUCAAUCUGUGCGAUCUGAGAUUUUCCGGCGUGGUUCUCAGUUAGUCUGUUGCUACCGGGGCAGUCCGAUCAGCCGGUGCAUUGGGAAUGGCGGGACUGUGCAGUCUGGCGAUCGUUUGCCGUGGGCCAAGACUGAAGACUCUGACAACUUUUCCAGUCUGAGUGGCAUCUCUUGGCAGGCACACGUAUAUGGGGAUGAACAGCCAGCCUUGACGGAGUGGUGCAAGGGAAAAAAUGUGCAGCUCCAUGUCUUUGAAUGGGAUCAGAGGCAUGCGCAGAUUGGACUUAGGAAAGAUGCGACGUACCUGCUGCGUCCGGAUCAUUACAUUGCGGGUGUCUUUGAAGGUGAAGAGGUUGAAGCUCAGCUGGAGGAGUACCUUUCCUCUCACGAGUUUUGCAUCAAUGCCUAG